AUGGAGGAAAUCAGCAGCCUCGCUCAAGAUGCACAAGAGAAAACGCAGGUGCCUUGCAUUGAAUCCGAACGAAAAAUCCGGAAAGACACCGGUGAAAAGGUGAAAGAUAAGGCGGAACAGACCCGGGUUCCACCCGUGGGCUGCCGCAAACUGGCCUUGCCAACUUUGUUGGCUUCGCACGAACAAGAGGUGCAGGAAGCUCGUCACAGGAAGCUCUUGCCAAGCGGAGCUGUUCCAUCGCUCCAUUUGCGUCGGUGCAGGAUUGCCUUCAUGGCCCCUUUUGCGCCCGAUGCAAAGAAUCCAUAUCGCAACAGGCACCCAGCGCGCGUGAAAUAUGUGAAGUCGAGACGAGAGCAUCAGAAUACAGGAAUCUCGCCCUUGGAGUUCUCCGGCCCCGUGGCCGAGCCUCAGAGACUCGUUGGACGAUCUGCUCGUCUCGCUGCGCCAGCACUUCGCGAGGCUAUUCGCCAAUCGCUCCGUGAUGAUCAGGAUGUCGAAACCUACGAGAAAUUCCCAAAAGGAGGAGACCGCUUGCAGUGGAUUCAUACAUCCACCAUGCUGUCUGAUGUCCUGACCAAGCGCAUGAAGGCAGAUUCGAUGCUCCAGGCAGGAUGUGUUUUGGGAAACUUUUCGAAUGCCCAGGAUGACGCCUACGCCGCAGUUGCCCUGCCACCCAACUUCAAGCUCCUUGACACCUUCGCCUUUGGCCUCCUCAUCUGCGAGGUGUUUUUUGGCUUGUUGGACGGGGUGGAGGAGUGUGGCGGACUCACGGAGUGCCGUGCGGCUUGGCGAAUGUACUGGGGCGCGGUGUGGAACCUUUUCUCGGCUGUGAAAAGCGGAGGAGUGCCUGCGCUGCGCGAAACCUUAGCCAACGGUGGGCUGCAGAGUUUGAUUGCCGAUCUGGAGGGGCUUGUGCGACACCUUGUGGCAACUGAAGGAGCUCACGCGCCGCAGCCGCUGGUGUCAGCUCUCUUGAAGGCCGCAGCCAGCCUCCUCUGCGCCACGAGCACCGACGUGUGGCAG